CGACACUUGAAAUCCAGCAUCAUCUUGACUCUCAAAUCCACCACCAUGUCGAUAUCCUGCCAGUCUGCAGCUCGAAGCUGCGUGCGCUCUCUACGCUCCUCAUCUACUCUCCGAAUUUCCGCCGCCUCCCUUGCACAACGGCGGAAUCCUUCGUCAGCGAAACGAUGGGCUUCAACGGAAGCGCCUACAAACCCAAAGGUGUCGGGAAUAGUGGAUCAGAUCAGUCAAUUGACUCUGUUGGAGACUGCUGACUUAGUUGCGAGCUUAAAGUCACGACUCAACAUUCCCGACAUGCCGGUGGGAGGAUUCGCUGCCGCACCCGCUGCCCCGGCUGCCGCACCCGUUGAGGAAGAAGAGGCUGCACCUGUACAGCAAGAGAAGACUCUUUUCAACUUGAAGUUGGAGUCUUUCGAUGCCGCAGCGAAACCCAAGAUCAUCAAGGAGAUCAAGAGCAUGCUGGGCCUGAGUCUGGUGGACAGCAAGAAGUUCGUUGAGAGCGCCCCGAAGAUGAUGAAGGAGGGAGUGCCAAAGGAGGAGGCGGAGAAGAUCAUUGCUGCGUUGAAGGAGCUGGGUGGUGUGGUUACUAUGGAAUAGAUUGUUGGUAAUGUACGAGUGCGUGGACCGGGAAGCAUAUGGCGUGUAU